AUGGUUCUUCUCUCUGUGUGCUUUCUGUUUGUGAAAUUUUCCCGCUUAAUACAUUACCAAAGCAUGCAGGCUCCAAUUCUGCUGCUCACUGGCCAUGAGGACGAGAUUUUUGCAGGCCGUUUCAGUUCGGAUGGGACGUGUAUUGCGACUGCUGGUUUCGAUCAAAAGAUUUUUCUCUGGAACGUGUAUGGCGAGUGUGAGAAUUUCUCCGUAUUGCGUGGACAUACUGGUGCUAUUAUGGAUGUCCAUUUCAACACGGAUUCAAGUCUGCUAAUAACGGCAGCUACUGACAAGACAGUACGAGUAUGGGAUAUGGAAACGGGCGUUUGUCGACGGAAGUUCAAAUCUCAUAUCGACAUUGUAAACGCUUGCCAUCCAUCUCGUCGAGGUCCACAACUCGUUUGUUCUGCUGGUGAUGAUGGUUUGGUUAAGUGUUGGGACAUGAGACGGGAUGAUAUUUCCUAUGUAAUGCAUGGCCAUAAAGAUAUAAUCACAGGUUUAUCACUUAGUCCGAAUGGAAAUCACGUGUUAUCCAAUAGCAUGGACUGCUCAGCAAAAAUGUGGGAUGUUCGGCCUUUCGCGCCUCCAGAGCGUUGUGUCAAGUCCUUUUAUGGCCAUCAACAUAACUUUGAAAAGAAUUUGUUGAAAUGCGGUUGGUCUGGCGACGGUAAACGAGUAACUGCUGGGUCUAGCGAUCGCUUCGUAUACGUAUGGGAUGUUUCUUCACGGCAUAUACUAUACAAGCUCCCAGGUCAUCUUGGAUCAGUAAAUGCUACUGAUUUGCAUCCCACUGAACCCAUAUGUAAGUUGAGAGCCUCUUUUUUUGCUUCAAUAUAUAUCAUUCGUACGGUACACUUGUGUGAAAUGUUUACUGCAGUGGGACGUGUAUAUAUCUCACUUUCGACAUGUAUCUUCAAAAAUCUAGCCUUUGAGGAAUAUCUGUUAAGGAAUCAUGUGUGGGAGGAUGGGAGUGAGGUGAUGCUACUUUGGAGCAACAGUCCUGCUGUAGUUGUUGGUCGUCAUCAGAACCCAUGGCUGGAGGCAAAUAUUCCGUAUCUGCGUGAAUGUGGUAUCACGCUAGCUCGACGCCAUAGCGGCGGUGGGGCAGUUUACCACGAUCAAGGUAAUCUGAAUAUAUCUUUGCUUACGACAUCGGAGUCUCAUUGCAGACGCACGAAUUUAAGCUUCAUCUCCAAGGCUCUCAAUAGUCGCUUCUCCGUCAAUGUUGUGCCCAAUAAACGUGGCGAUAUAGAAAUGCAUCCUGGCUACCGGAAAUGUUCUGGUACGGCAGCUAGGAUAGUAAAGGAGCGAGCUUAUCAUCACCUAACACUACUCGUGGGUGUGGAUCUCAUGGUGUUAUCAAAUUCCUUGCGAUCUCCGUUCAAGGAUUUCAUAACAACUACUGCUACUGGCAGUACUCGUGCGAAUGCGGUAGGCUUUCUCAAGCAAGAUGAUCAGUCCGCCGACGUGCAGUCAGUUCGGACCACUUUGAUUGAACAGUUCGCUUCUCGAUUCAAAGAUUGCCUGAUUACUGAAAUAAACAUCGACCAAGAGUUAAGAAAGAAUGAGAAGAUUUCCAGAAGUUUUUCUGAAAUCACGGACUGGAACUGGAUAUAUGGAAAGACACCUAGAUUCUGGUUUGAUAAUGGCUAUAUGAAGCAGUAUAUUGAAGGAGGUAUUAUAAAACAAUGUUCGCUAGGCCGUGUUGGAAAGAGAUUCCAGCUUUAA